AUCAAUGUGCUUGGAGUGCUCUUUCUCUCACUAACGUGGUGCCGAAGUCUCUUGAGAAGUUGAGAGCUCUCUCUCUCUGCGUCGGUCUCUCUGUGUGACUGUGUGUGUGGUUGAUGGAGAAGAAUUCUUCGAACUUGCAUGCUCUGGAUCUCGAUAAUUGGAGUGAUCUUUUAGUUUGUUUGAGCGUAAUGAGAAACUGAUCCGACGGUGAAAAAAGGUAGAGGAGGUAAAGAUGUUGGAGGAACAGGUGGCCAAUUUGUUGCAGAGGUACCUUGGGAAUUACGUGAAGGGCCUCAACAAGGAGGCCCUCAAGAUCAGCGUCUGGCAAGGGAAUGUGGAGCUAACAAAUAUGCAGUUGAAGCCUGAAGCACUCAAUGAAUUAAAGUUGCCUGUGAAGGUCAAGGCGGGAUUUCUUGGAUCUGUGAAACUUAAGGUUCCUUGGAGCAGGCUUGGCCAAGAUCCUGUUCUAGUUUACCUCGAUCGAAUUUUCUUAUUAGCCGAACCAGAAACUCAAGUUGAAGGAAGUAGUGAGGAUGCAGUCCAGGAAGCUAAGAAAAGACGAGUGCAGGAAAUGGAAUUGAAGCUGUUGGAGAGAUCACAGCGACUGAAGUCAGAAAUGAAUAAGUCCUGGUUGGGAUCCCUGGUCAACACGAUAAUUGGAAAUCUGAAGCUAUCAAUAUCAAAUAUUCAUAUCAGAUAUGAAGAUCUUGAGAGCAAUCCUGGUCACCAAUUUGCUGCUGGCAUAACCUUGGAGAAGCUCUCUGCGGUGACUGUUGAUGAUAAUGAGGAGGAGACUUUUGUUACUGGGGGCUCACUAGACUGUGUCCAGAAGGUUAUUACUUGUUUUUUAUGCGUAUUUCUGACUCCUUUUGUUACUGGGGGCUCACUAGACCGUGUCCAGAAGUCUGUUGAACUUGACCAGCUCGCAGUUUAUUUGGAUUCUGACAUUGUUCCAUGGCAUGUUGAAAAAUCUUGGGAGAAAUUGCUUCCUUCUGAGUGGCUUAAGGUAUUUAGAUUUGGUACCAAGGAUGGCAAACCAGCUGAUAGUCUUACAAAGAAGCAUAAUUACAUUCUGCAACCUGUUUCUGGGAAGGCAAAGUAUACAAAGCUGCGACAAAAUGAAUUUGCUGAUGGCAGUCAACCUCAGCAAAAAGCAGUAGUAAACUUGGAUGAUGUGACGCUCUGUCUAUCGAAGGACGGAUACAGGCAUAUUUUAAAAUUAGCUGAUAACUUUGCUGCCUUUAAUCAACGGUUGCAAUAUGCCCAUUAUCGUCCGAACAUCAACGUGAAAUCUGAUCCUAGGUCUUGGUGGAAGUAUGCUUACAAAGCUGUUUCUGACCAGAUGAAGAAGGCGAGUGGGAAAUUGUCGUGGGAGCAGGUUCUGAGGUUGGCAAGCUUACGAAAGAAAUAUAUCUCUUUAUAUGCUUCACUGCUUAAAUCUGACCCCAGUCGGACUGUAGUUGAUGACAACAAAGACAUUGAGGAAUUAGAUCGUGGACUUGAUAUUGAACUCAUACUUCAAUGGAGGAUGUUGGCGCACAAGUUUGUGGAGCAAUCAAUAGGAUCAGAAGAUGACUCAAAGAAACAGAAACCAAAGAAGUCUUGGUGGCCAUUCGGAUGGAACAACCAAUCUUUGAAAGAUGAAGAUGAGUCAUUUAAAUUCAGUGAGGAAGACUGGGAACAGUUAAAUAAAAUUAUAGGGUAUAAGGAAGGUGAAGAAGGGCAGUCAUUUAUCAUUAAUAACAAGAAGGAUGCGGUUCAUACCUUCUUAGAGUUUCACAUGAAACAUAAUGCUUCAAGGCUUCUUGAUGAGGCCAAGAAUUAUCUUGCUGAAUUAUCAUGUGAAGGCCUUGAUUGCUCCAUAAAGCUUUAUCCCGAGACAAAAGCCUUUGACAUGAAACUAGGAUCAUAUCGAUUGUCAUCUCCAAAUGGUCUUCUUGCUGAGAGUGCUACUACUUAUGAUUCAUUAGUUGGUGUUUUCUGCUAUAAGCCAUUUGAUAGUAAGGUGGACUGGAGCAUGGUUGCUAAAGCUUCUCCCUGUUACAUGACUUAUCUGAAGGAGUCCAUUGAUCAAAUCAUCAAUUUUUUUGAAAGCAAUACUGCUGUCAGUCAGACAAUAGCAUUGGAAACUGCAACUGCUGUUCAGAUGACAAUUGAUGGGGUCAAGCGCACUGCUCAGCAGCAAGUAAACAGAGCACUGAAGGAUCAUGCCAGGUUUUUGUUGAACUUGGAUAUUGCGGCUCCCAAAAUUACUAUUCCUACUGAUUUUCGUCCUGACAAGUCCCAUGCAACAAAACUUCUGCUUGAUUUGGGGAAUUUGCUUAUUCGGACACAGGAUGAGUAUGAAGUUGGAUCACCUGAGGAGCUCGAUAUGUAUCUGCAAUUUGAUUUGGUUUUGAGUGAUAUUUCUGCUUUCUUGGUUGAUGGGGACUACCAUUGGAGUGAAAAUCCUUCCAACAAGUAUGAUCCUUCUGCCAGCACUAGUGGUGUUGGUUUCUUGCCCCUUAUUGAUAAGUGUGGGGUAAUUUUGAGGCUUCAACAGAUUCGAUUAGAAAACCCAUCCUAUCCCUCAACAAGACUUGCUGUACGGCUGCCAUCAUUGGGGUUUCACUUUUCUCCAGCUCGGUAUCAUCGACUGAUGCAAGUGAUGAAGAUCUUUCAGGGGAGUGAUGGUGAGGACUUAGAUUUACUACUCCCUUGGAAUCAAGCUGACUUUGAAGGGUGGUUGCCCCUUCUCACAUGGAAGGGUGUUGGAAACAGGGAAGCUGUAUGGCAGCGGCGAUACAUCUGCUUGGUUGGGCCUUUCCUCUAUGUACUUGAGAGCCCUUUCUCUAAAUCUUAUAAGCAGCGUAUCAGUUUACGAGGAAAGCAGAUAUAUGAAGUUCCACCCGACUUUGUUGGUGGUGAAGAACAUGUUUUGGCUCUUUGUAGUGCUGCACAACCAAUUAUCAAGGUUGUGGAGGAUGCAAAUGCAUUAAUAUUAAGAUGCGAUUCAGAUGAUUCAAGAAAAGUUUGGCACAGCCGUUUGCAGGGGGCUAUUUAUCGUGCAUCGGGUGCUGCUCCUAUUACUGGUUUAUCAGAAACUUCAUCAGAGCCAGAGGAUUCUGAAGCUGAACUUGGUGAAAACCGUGAUGCGAUUGAUGUAUUGAAUACAGAGAGGCUAUUUGUUGCAGGUGUUCUUGAUGAACUAAAGGUUUCCUUCAGUUAUAGUUAUCAGCACGAACACAGCUACAUGAAUGUCCUCCUUGCUGAAGAGAGUAAUCUAUUUGAGUUUCGAGCAAUUGGUGGUCAGGUUGAGCUGUCAAUCAUAGAGAAUGAUAUGUUCAUUGGCACUGUGCUGAAAUCUUUGGAGGUUGAAGAUUUAAUUUGCUGCAACAAAGUGUCUUGUCCUUGUUUUCUGGCAAGGUCAUUUAUCGGGAGUACAGAUGCAAAUUCAUCCUUCUAUGAUGUUGGGGAUCAAAGUGCCGACAAUUGUGUAACUCCAAGUGGAGACGAUACAUUCUAUGAGACAGCGGAGAAUUUGGUCGAUUCUGUUGACAAUCCACCAUGGUCACCAAAAAAUGAAUCUGAGUGUUUAGGUUCCUCAAAUUUACCCCGAUCUGAGAUUUUAUCAUUGAAGCCCCCUAGCUUUAACCGUAUCUCUGGUCUACUGCCCACUGAUGCUAUUGGAACUAAGAGGCAGGACAUCAAAUUAUCUGAUACUUUGGAUAGUUUUGUGAAAGCCCAAAUAAUUAUUUAUGACCGGAACUCUCCUGGAUAUAAUAAUAUAGAUAAUCAGGUCACGGUGACCCUGGCUACCCUGUCUUUUUUCUGUCGUCGGCCAACAGUUGUUGCCAUCAUGGAGUUUUCUAAUGCUAUUAACAUCAAGGACGAAAGUUGUGAAUCUUUCAGUGACAGUUCUUCUGCAGCCACUGGGAAACAGGAAGUCUCCAAAGAUGUAAUUGAUGAUAAAUAUUCAACUACAGUUGGGGACCCAGUAAUUAAAGGUUUGCUAGGAAAAGGGAAAUCCAGAAUCAUGUUCAAUUUAAAAUUACACAUGGCACAUGCUCAAAUUGUGUUGAUGAAUGAAGAUGAAACUAAGCUGUCCUGUCUGUUGCAAGAUAAUUUGCUGACGGAUAUUAAGGUGUUCCCAUCAUCUUUGAGUAUUAAAGCAGCCCUUGGAAAUUUGAGAAUAAGUGAUGACAGUCUUCCUAGUAGCCAUAUGUAUUUCUGGGUCUGUGACAUGAGAAAUCCUGGGGGCAGUUCAUUUGUUGAGUUGGUUUUUACGUCUUACAGUGCUGACGAUGAAGACUAUGAAGGUUAUGAGUAUAGCCUUUUUGGGGAACUUUCUGAAGUACGCAUUGUUUUCUUGAAUCGGUUUCUCCAGGAGGUGGUCAGUUAUUUUAUGGGUCUGGUUCCCAACAAUUCAAAAGCUGUUGUCAAACUAAAGGAUCAAGUUACAAAUUCUGAGAAGUGGUUUACAACUAGUGAAAUUGAAGGAUCACCUGCUGUAAAGUUGGAUCUUUCUUUAAGGAAGCCCAUUAUAUUAAUGCCUCGGAGGACAGACAGCCUCGAUUACUUGAAGCUUGACAUUGUUCACAUAACCGUCAAGAACACAUUUCAAUGGUAUUGUGGACAUAAAAGCGAAAUAAAUGCUGUGCAUUCGGAAAUAUUAACAAUUCAGGUUGAGGACAUCAAUUUAAAUGUUGGUACCGGAGCCGAACUAGGUGAGAGCAUAAUUCAAGAUGUGAAGGGUGUUUCAGUCAUCAUUCAAAGGUCACUUCGAGACUUGUUGCAUCAAAUACCAAGUACCGAGGUUACAGUUAAGAUAGAGGAAUUGAAAGCAGCUCUUUCGAGUAGGGAGUACCAGAUUAUCUCUGAAUGUGCACUUUCUAAUAUUUCUGAGACUCCACAUGUUGUGCCUCCACUGAAACAUGAUUCUAGGACAUCUUCUGUUGGUGCAAUAGAACCCAUCAUUCCUCAGAAUACAGCUGGCGUUGAAUCAGAAACUACAAAUGGGGAAGCCUGGAUUAUGAUGAAGGUGUCCGUUGUUAUUGAUCUGGUGGAAUUGAGAUUACAUCCAGGAUCAACAAGAGAUGCAUAUCUGGCUACUGUGCAGAUUAGUGAUGCUUGGCUACUCUACAAGUCCAGUACCCUUGGAGAAGGUUUUCUCUCAGCAACACUAAAGGGUUUUACUGUGAUUGAUGAUCGUGAGGGGACCGAACAAGAGUUUAAGCUGGCAAUAGGAAGGGCUGAGAACAGCUGUCUACACAUAGGGACUUGUGAUGAAAAUGAGCACGUGGUUGUUGCAAAUGUUUUUGGGGAGAAUGAUGUUAAACCAGUUCCUCCAAUGCUUAUUCUUGAUGCGAAGUUUACAAAGCUUACAACAUCUGUUUCUUUUUGUGUCCAAAGGCCUCAAAUGCUUGUUGCACUUGAUUUUUUACUGGCUGUGGUUGAGUUUUUUGUUCCAUCUGUGGGAAACAUGCUUUCAAAUGAGGAAGAUACGAAAUCUGUAGUCAUUGAUGCAAUCAUUCUGGAUCAGUCAAUUUACCGGCAGCCGUCGGCUGAAGCAUCUCUCUCGCCUGAAAGACCUUUAAUAGCUGAUGAUGAAAGAUUUGAUCUCUUUGUUUAUGAUGGCAAUGGGGGAGUAUUGUUUUUGAAAGACAGGCAGGGGUUUAAUCUUUCCGCACCUAGUACAGAACCAAUAAUAUAUGUUGGGAAUGGGAAGAAACUGCAUUUCAAAAAUGUUGUGAUCAAGAAUGGGCUGUAUUUGGACUCUUCUGUUUUUCUUGGAGCUGAUAGCAGUUAUUCUGCUUCAAAUGAUGAUCGUGUUUACUUGGAGGGGAAUGAGGCUCCUCACUCUAGCACCUCAAGAGAAAGCGAUAAUGAUGUACCAUCUCAAGAUAACAUAGCUGACAGGUCAAUGGAGUUUAUCAUUGAGUUGCAGGCUAUUGGCCCGGAGCUGACCUUUUACAAUCCAUCAAAAGGUGUUGGGGAAUCUUUUCUUCUCUCUAACCAACUUUUGCAUGCACAGUUGGAUGCAUUUUGCAGGCUUGUUUCAAAGGCUGAUAACAUUGAGAUGAACGCAAAUGCAAUUGGCUUGACAAUGCAGAGUAAUGGGAUCACGAUAUUGGAGCCUUUUGACACCUCCAUCAUUUAUUCAAAUGCUUCUGGAAAGACCAAUAUGCAUUUAUCGGUUUCAGAUAUACUCAUGAAUUUUUCAUUCAGCAUCUUGAGGCUUUUUUUAGCAGUUGAAGAGGACAUCCUGGCAUUUUUAAGGACGACUUCAAAGAAAAUGACGUUUGUCUGCUCCCAGUUUGACAAGGUUGGAACAAUAAAAAAUCCCUAUACUGAUCAAAUAUAUGCCUUUUGGAGGCCUCAUGCACCACCUGGUUUUGCAGUUCUUGGCGACUGUCUGACACCAUUGGACAAGCCACCUACAAAAGGAGUUCUUGCUGUGAAUACCAACAUUGUUAGAGUUAAAAGACCUAUAUCUUUCAAAUUUAUUUGGUCACCUUUAUCUUCUGGGGACAUUUCUGAUCAAGGGGUAAAUAAUUCUGAUUUGGUGCCAAAUGGUACGAGUAAAGGAGACAGCAACUUUUCCAUCUGGUUACCUGAGGCACCGAAAGGUUAUGUUGCAUUGGGCUGUGUGGUUUCCCCUGGAAGAACACCACCACCGCUAUCUUCUGCUUUUUGUAUCUUGGCCUCUUUAGUUUGUCCUUGUUCCCUGAGGGAUUGUAUUGCAAUCAGAACUUCCACAUCUCUCUCAAGUGUGGCAUUCUGGCGAGUGGACAAUUCUGUUGGCACUUUCUUGCCAGCAGCUCCCACUUCUUAUGGCUUAACACCUGGAGCAUAUGAUUUGCGUCAUAUGAUAUUUGGGUUAUCAGAAGGCUUUGCAAACGCAACCUCAAGUUCAGAUGCCCAGGCUUCCCCUUCUAGUCAUAUGCACUCACAACAAUCGCAAAGAUCAGCAACUGCAAACUCUGGCCGGCGUUUUGAAGCUGUUGCUAGUUUUAGAUUAAUAUGGUGGAAUCAAGGCUCAAACUCAAGGAAGAAACUAUCCGUAUGGCGCCCAGUUGUCCCUCCAGGGAUGAUUUAUUUUGGCGAUAUUGCUGUUAAAGGGUAUGAGCCUCCCAAUACUUGCAUUGUUCUUCAUGAUGCCGAAGAUGAUGAGCUUUUUAAAGCUCCUCUGAGUUUCCAGCCUGUUGGGAAAAUCAAGAAACAGAAGGGAAUGGAUAGCAUAUCUUUCUGGCUACCUCAGCCUCCCCCAGGUUUUGUUUCCUUAGGUUGCAUUGCAUCUAAGAGCACCCCAAAGCAGAAUGAGUUCAGCACAUUAAGAUGUAUUCGCAGUGAUAUGGUCACGGGGGAUCAGUUUCUGGAGGAAAGUAUAUGGGAUACAUCUGAUGCCAAAUUUACAGCAGAAUCAUUCAGUAUUUGGCUGGUUGAUAAUGAGUUGGGAACCUUCAUUGUACGUAGUGGUUUUAAAAAACCUCCUAGAAGGUUUGCUUUAAGGCUGGCAGAUUCAGGUGUACCAAGUGGUUCGGAUGAUACUGUCAUUGAUGCAGAAAUCCCAACAUUUUCUGUGGCACUAUUUGAUGACUAUAGUGGCUUGAUGGUUCCAUUGUUCAAUGUAUCUUUUAGUGGAGUUGGGUUUAAUUUACAUGGACGAACAGACUACUUGAGUUCCACUGUCAACUUCUCCUUGGUUGCGCGCUCAUAUAAUGAUAAGUAUGAUUCUUGGGAGCCUCUCAUUGAGCCGGUGGAUGGAUUUUUAAGGUACCUCUAUGAUUUUAAUGCCCCAGGUGCAGCUUCUCAGUUACGUGUUACCUCAACCAAGGAUCUAAACUUAAAUGUUUCAGUCUCUAAUGCAAAUAUGAUCAUUCAAGCCUAUGCAAGCUGGAACAAUCUUAGUCAUGUCCAUGAAUCUCAAAGAAAGAGAGAAGCAUUUUCUCCUACUCAUGGUGGAAGAUCUGUAUUUGAUAUUCAUCACUCGAGAGAUUAUUAUAUAAUCCCUCAAAACAAGCUUGGUCAGGACAUCUUCAUUAGAGCUACAGAUAUAAGGGGAAUUCCAAAUAUGAUUUGGAUGCCAUCCGGGGAUGUGAAGCCUGUAAAAGUUCCAGUCUCAAAAAACAUGUCAGAUUCUCACUUGAAAGGAAAAGUUUGCAGAAAAGCUAGAACAAUGGUGACAGUCAUUAUAGUGGAUGGACAGUUCCCAAGAGUUGAAGCCUUAACUUCUCACCAAUAUUCCGUAGCAAUUCGUCUUAGUCCGUUUCAGAACCUCUCUUCUGAGUCACAGCUUCACCAGCAGAGUGCACGCACAUGUGGAAGCAGUUCCAAUAACUUCUCAUCUUCUGAGUUUGAAAUGGUCAACUGGAAUGAAGUAUUUUUCUUCAAAGUUGAUUCGCCAGACUACUACUUGGCGGAAUUAGUUGUGACGGACAUGGCAAAAGGUGAUCCAAUUGGAUACUUUUCAGUGCCCCUGAAGCAGAUAGCAGGAAACAUCCAAGGCAGUUCAGAUUCUGAUAAUUAUGUGACCAGAUUGACCUGGAUAGACUUAUCGUCAACAGAAUCUGUGAGUAUGAUUGAGAGUGACAAAUGUAAAGGCUUAUGUGGGAGAAUAAGAUGUGCCAUACUCCUCUCACCAAGAUCUGAUGAUGAGGACAGCAAUCAACCCGUUGUUAGCAAUAGAAAAUCUGGACAUAUUCAGAUUAGUCCUAGCAGAGAAGGGCCUUGGACUACUGUGAGGCUAAACUAUGCUGCACCUGCUGCUUGUUGGCGGUUUGGCAAUGACGUUGUCGCCAGUGAAGUAAGUGUCAAGGAUGGGGAUAGAUAUGUGAAUAUUAGGUCGCUGGUUUCAAUACGUAACAAUACAGAUUUUAUACUCGAGUUGUGUCUUGCACCCAAAGCUUCCACAGAGAACAUGAAACCACAAGAUAAAACAACGAAUCAGAAAGGUUUACAAAUUGAUGGUAAAAGCAUUCAAACUGAUGAAUUCAUUGAAACUGAAGAAUAUGACCCAAUCAUUGGUUGGGUUGGUAGAGUUGUUCUAUCAAACCAAGAUAUCUCAGAAGAUGCAAGCUCCCAUCAGGCAAUUUCUGAAGUUGAGUUGCCAUCAGGCUGGGAAUGGAUUGAUGAUUGGCAUUUGGACAAGACGUCUAGCAAUGAUGCUGAUGGUUGGGUUUAUGCUUCGGAUGUUCAAAGUCUAAAAUGGCCUGAGUCUUUUGAUACUCAGAAGUCUGUGAGCCAUGCGAGGCAAAGGAGAUGGAUCAAAAGUAGGAAACAAAUAUCAUGUGAAUUCAACCGGGACAUAUCUAUUGGACAGUUGAAUCCUGGAGACACUGUGUCUGUUCCCCUCUCUAGCUUGUCACAAUCUGGAAUGUAUGUCUUGCAAGUAAGGCCUUUUAAUCUCACUAAUCUUGAUGAAUAUACAUGGAGUUCUGUAGUGGACAAACCUGGCAAACCAGAGGAUUAUGGUAAGCCAAAAGUUUAUUCUGGAAUAUGUGUAUCAAGUCUUACCGAGUGUGAGGAACUGUUAUACUGCACCCAGAUAACGGGGACUUCAUCUAGUCGUUCCCAUAAAUUGUGGUUCUGCUUGAGCAUACAAGCAACAGAGAUUGCGAAAGACAUUCAUUCUAAUCCUAUUCAGGACUGGAGUCUUGUGGUUAAGUCACCACUUUCUGUUACCAAUUUUCUUCCUCUUGCAGCUGAGUAUUCUGUUCUUGAAAUGCAACCAAGUGGUCAUUUUGUUGCCUGUUCUAGAGGAGUAUUUGGUCUAGGCGAAACUGUAAAGAUUUACAGUGCUGACAUACGAAAUCCUUUGUUCUUUUCAUUGCUUCCACAAAGAGGAUGGCUUCCAAUACAUGAAGCCGUUCCCAUGUCUGAUCCUAAUGGAGUUCCAGCUAAAACAAUAAGUUUGAGAAGUUCAAUAUCUGGAAGGAUUGUUCAAAUCAUUCUUGAACAGAAUGACAACAAAGAGCAAUCGUUGCUGGCAAAGAUCAUUAGAGUCUAUGCUCCUUAUUGGUUUGAAGUUACUAGGUGCCCCCCACUUACAUUUAGGCUUGUGGAUUUGCCAGGAAAGAAACAUACAUGGAAGAUUGCUCUUCCUAUUCAGUCUAAGGACAAAAAGGAAGUGUUAUAUGAGGAAAUCACUGAAGACGAAUUAUUUGGAGGUCACACAAUAGCGUCUGCCAUGAAUUUUAAUACGUUGGGACUUUCCGUGUCUAUUGCCCAGUCUGGUGACGAACGGUUUGGUCCAGUUAAAGAUCUUUCACCCCUAGGUGACAUGGACGGAUCGUUGGAUCUCUAUGCCUACGAUGCUGAUGGCAACUGUAUACGGCUUUUGAUUACCACAAAACCAUGCCUAUAUCAGUCUGUUCCUACAAAGGUAAUUUCAGUUCGACCAUUCAUGACAUUUACAAACAGACUUGGCCAAGAUAUAUUUAUUAAGUUUUGCACUGAAGAUGAACCAAAGCGUCUCCAUGCUUCUGAUUCAAGAAUCUUCUUUGUGCAUUCAGAAACAAGCAGUUCAGAUAACCUCCUGGUCCGGUUAGAGGAUACCAAUUGGUCAUUUCCUAUUAAAGUUAUAAAAGAAGAUACCAUUUCCCUGGUUUUGAGGAGGCACAAUGGUACUCGGAGAUUUUUGAGGACAGAAAUCCGGGGCUAUGAAGAAGGAUCACGUUUUGUUGUUGUAUUCCGUCUUGGGUCAACCAAUGGUCCUAUCAGAAUUGAAAAUAGAGCACUUCACAAAACAAUCAGCAUUCGCCAAUCAGGAAUUAGUGAAGAUGCCUGGAUUCAGUUGCAACCUCUUUCAACCACAAGUUUCUGCUGGGAGGAUCCAUAUGGCGAAAGAUUUAUAGAUGCUAAGGUAGUUGGUAAUGAUAUCAAUUGUGUAUGGAAACUUGAUCUGGAAAGGAUUGGGUUAGUUUCAGCAGAGGAGCAGGAACUACAGUUGAAGUUCCUAGUUUUCGAAAUGGGUAAUGUCAAGGUUGCUAGGUUCAUGGAAGAUGGGACACUAACUGGAAUCUGGGGAAAUUAUCACAUACAGAGCAAGAUGCAGAAUGAUGCUGCACCCGUAGAGCUUAUGAUCGAGUUGAGAGUGUUUGGGGUGUCUGUUGUCGACCAUAUUCCAAAAGAGCUCUCCUACCUAUACUUGGAGAGAGUUCUUAUAUCUUAUUCGGCAGGCUAUGAUGGUGGGAAAACGAGCAGGUUCAAGCUGAUACUGGGUCAUCUGCAGCUGGACAACCAACUCCCUCUGACACCAAUGCCAGUGCUCUUGGCACCUGAGCAGACCUCUGAUGUGAAUCAUCCAGUAUUCAAGAUGACUGUUACAAAACGCAAUGAGAACACUGAUGGCAUCCAGGUCUACCCAUAUGUUUAUAUUCGGGUGACUGAAAAGUGUUGGAGGCUAAAUAUUCAUGAACCAAUUAUUUGGGCGGUGGUGGAUUUCUACAACAAUCUUCAGCUAGAUCGUAUUCCCCAAAGUUCUAGUGUCACAGAAGUUGAUCCUGAGAUACGUUUUGACCUAAUUGAUGUCUCAGAACUAAGGUUGAAAGUGUCCCUUGAGACAGCACCAGCUCAGAGACCUCAUGGGGUUCUUGGUGUGUGGAGUCCCAUACUGUCAGCCAUUGGAAAUGCAUUCAAGAUACAGGUGCAUCUAAGGAGGGUAAUGCACAGCGACAGAUUCAUGCGUAAAAGCUCCAUUAUCCCUGCAAUUGGAAACCGAAUCUGGAGAGAUCUGAUCCAUAAUCCUUUACAUUUGAUAUUUUCAGUAGAUGUGCUUGGUAUGACAAGUUCAACAUUGGCUUCUCUUGGUAAAGGAUUGGCAGAGCUAUCAACAGAUGGGCAGUUUCUGCAAUUACGUUCAAAGCAGGUAUCAUCAAGGAGAAUCACUGGGGUGGGUGAUGGGAUUAUUCAAGGAACUGAAGCUCUUGCACAAGGUUUUGCUUUUGGGGUGUCAGGAGUAGUGACAAAGCCUGUUGAGAGUGCCCGACAGAAUGGUCUCUUAGGACUGGCUCAUGGACUUGGACGUGCUUUCCUGGGAUUUGUUGUGCAACCAGUGAGUGGGGCAUUAGAUUUUUUCUCAUUGACCGUUGAUGGAAUUGGUGCAAGUUGGACCAAAUGCUUGGAGGCCUUCACUAGUACAACCACCUUCCAAAGAAUCAGAAACCCAAGGGCUAUCCAUUCCGAUGGUGUUCUUAGAGAGUAUUGUGAGAGAGAGGCCAGUGGACAGAUGAUAUUGUACCUUUCAGAAGCAAGUCGGCAUUUUGGCUGUACUGAAAUAUUCAAGGAGCCUUCAAAAUUUGCCUUGUCAGACUAUUAUGAACAACAAUUUUAUGUGCCUUAUAACAGGAUUGUUUUAGUGACCAAUAGACGAGUCAUGCUACUACAGCGUCUGGCCCAGGACAAGUUGGAUAAAAAACCUUGCAAGAUCAUUUGGGAUGUGCCUUGGGAAGAGCUCAUGGCAGUGGAAUUGGCAAAAGCAGGAAGUAACCAGCCUUCUCACGUCAUUCUCCAUCUCAAAAAUUUUAGGAAGUCAGAAAAUUUUGUCCGAGUCAUCAAGUGCAGAGUCGAAGAAUCGGAGGGAAGAGAGCCCCAGGCAGUUAGGAUCUGUGUGGUAGUGCAUAAGAUGUGGAAAGCAUCUGACAGGAAAGGGGUCAAACUAAAGGUUCCUUCACGCGAGAGAUACGUGUUUUUUGCUUGGAGCGAAGCAGAUGGGAGAGAAUUACCUUCUUCAAACAAAGCCAUUGUGAAGUUAAGAAGGCUCUCAUCAGAUGGUUCCCCAUCUGACGAGAGAAGAUUUGUUAAACAUGUUGUUAACUUUGUGAAGAUCUGGAGUAGUGAACAAGAAUCAAAAGGGCGUUGCACAUUGUGCAAAAAACAGGUAUCAGAAGAUGGUGGAAUGUGUAGUAUUUGGAGACCUAUUUGCCCAUAUGGGUAUGUCUCCAUUGGGGAUAUUGCCCAUGUUGGUAUCCAUGCUCCGAAUGUUGCUGCUGUUUUUCAUAAUGUGGACAGAUCGUUUGUACUUCCAGUGGGUUAUGACCUGGUAUGGAGGAACUGCUUAGAUGAUUACACAACUCCAGUAUCAAUUUGGCAUCCACGGGCUCCGGAGGGAUAUGUUUCUCCAGGAUGCGUCGCUGUUGCUAGUUUCACAGAGCCAGAGCCUGACUCAGUGUACUGUGUGGCCGAAUCACUUGCUGAGGAGACGGUAUUCGAGGAGCAGGAGGUUUGGUCUGCUCCAGAGUCUUACCCAUGGGCUUGUCAUAUCUAUCAAGUUCAGAGCGAUGCACUUCACUUCGUCGCACUCAGACAAAGCAACGAAAAUUCUGACUGGAAGCCCACAAGGGUUGUUGACGACCCCAAGCCUCGGUUGCAAACUUCUGAUACUCGGUGAAUUUUAUCUUCCUAUUUGUGAUCGGCCCCUUUGGCUUUGGUCGUUAAGGGAAGGCCUCUGCCCUAUGCAUCUACUUUUAUUCAGUAUGUGCAUUAAUUGUAGUUUCUUCUGUCAAUUUUGUCACAAUGUCCGUGUGUUUAGUUUGUCCUGACAAACAAAAUAAUUCUUCUUCUUAAAGAACUCACCCUACAGAAAAAGUAGAGACAACAUUUGUUUGAAUAAUCAAUAAUGUACAGCAGAGUGUAACGGUUUCGCCCCCUUUUUUCCAAUUGGGGAGGCCGUGUUGGAUAGAUUGGUGAAUGGUGAGCUUCCGAAAGGUGUCAUAGGGGAACAGCAGCCAUCAUGAAAAUUUGUACAUCACUUUCAGAGACAGUUUUCUUGCUGUAAAUGUCUGUCAGAACUUGUGUUUUCAUGGUUUUGUAUUUUUUUAAUAAUUUCAUGAAUGAAUCAGUUAAACUGCUAAGCUUUCAUGCUGGAGCAAUAUUUUUCUAAUCUUUAUCGGAGGACAUUCUUGCUGUA